AUGGGACAAAGCCAUUCCACGCCUCUGACCCUGACCCUWGACCAUUGGACUGAUGUCUGCUCAAGGGCCCAGAAUCUUUCUUUUUCAGUGAAAUGCCGGACCUGGCAGACUCUCUGUGCUUCAGAAUGGCCCACUUCCGGAGUUGAAUGGACCCCAAAAGGAUCCUUUCACCUCCCUCUAAUCCGCAAAGUCAGAUUGCCGGGACCACAUGGCCAUCCAGAUCAACAGCCAUAUAUCUUAACCUGUCAGGACCUCUGUGAAUCUCCUCCCACAUGGGUGAAGCCUUUCCUUGUCCCUGCCCCCACUCCAACCCCUUCCCCCAGGAUCCUAUCACUCAAACCUUCCCUUCCUCCCCCUCAUGAUGGCCACGGAGGAGAAAUGCAAGCUUACCAAUACUGGCCUUUCUCCUCCUCAGACCUAUAUAACUGGAAAAAUAACAAUCCCCCUUUUUCUGAGGACCCCACCCGACUUACAGGUUUAGUCAAGUAGGUGAUGUUCUAACACCAGCCCACUUGGGAUGAUUGCCAACAACUUCUGGGGACUCUCUUCACAAUGGAGGAACGAGAGAGAAUCCUCUUGGAAGCCAGAAAGAAUAUUCUUGGACCAGAUGGGCGACCAACCCAACUUCCCAACAUCAUUGAAGCUGGCAUCCCCUUAAACUGACCCAACUGGGACCCCUACACCUUUGAAGGUAGGGAGCAUCUGUCCACUUAUCGCCAGGCUCUUAUAGUGGGUUUCCGAGUGGCCGCCAGGCGGCCAACUAAUUUUGCCAAGGUAAGAGARAUUAUCCAGGGGCCUAAUGAAUCUCCCUCAAUGUUUCUGGAGAGAAUUAUGGAAGCAUAUAGGAGAUAUACUCCCUUUGAUCCUCAGGCAGAGGACCAAAAGGCAUCUGUUGCAAUGGCCUUUAUCGGGCAGGCUGCCCUAGAUAUUAAGAGGAAGUUACAAUGUUUAGAUGGAUUACAAGAUAUGACCUUAAGAGAUUUAGUMAGAGAAGCUGAAAAAGUAUAUUAUAAGAGAGAAACUGAGGAAGAGAGGGAAUAGAGGAGGGAGAAGGAAAGGGAACAAAAGGAGGAUGAAAGGAGCAAAUGGCAGACUAAAGCAUUGGCUAAGGUCCUGGUCACAGCCGCAGAUAGGCCAGAAGUUAAAAAGCAGGGAGACAGGAAGGGAUACCUGGGCCCACGCAAAAGGCUGCCCCUGGCCUCAGAUCAAUGUGCCUACUGUAAAGAAAAAGGACACUGGGCCAAAGAGUGCCCCCAAAAGAAGCAGCCACGCCAGCCUGCCAUGCUGACUCUAGAAGAUGACUAGGAAAGUCGGGGCUYGGAUCCCCUCCCCAAGCUCAGGGUAACAGUUGAAGUGGAGGGGACCCCAGUGAACUUUGAAGUGGAUACAGGAGCAGUAUACUCAGCCCUUAAGACCCCAGUGGGCCCCCUAUCAAAUAAAAGGUAAUUAGUUCAAGGGGCUAAUGGCAGUAGAUAUCGGGCUUAAACAACAAAGAGGACUAUGGAUCUAGGAAAGGGACAAGUCCAUCACUGUUUCCUAGUAAUCCCAGAAUGCCCGGCCCCAUUAAUGGGCAGGGAUCUGCUCACCAAACUCCAGGCUAAAAUAACCUUUAACCCUGAUGGUCCCCAAGUGGAGUUUCUAAAUCCUUCAGUAAAAACUCCCAUAGUCACGGCUUUGACUAUGUCACUAGAAAAUGAACAUCAACUCUUCACGCCCCCUGGGACUGAUCCAACAGGCAAACUACCCAAGAAAUGGAUAAAAGAUUAUCCUGAUGCCUGGGCAGAAACUGCUGGGUUAGGCCUAGCCAUAAAACAACCUCCAAUAGUAGUAGAAUUAAAAGCCUCUGCCUCUCCAAUCAGUGUUAAACAAUAUCCUCUAAGCAAAGAAGUUAGGGAUUGGAUAAGGCCCCAUAUUCAGAAAUACUUGGCUCUUGGGGUCCUAAGGCCCUGUCAAUCGGCCUGGAAUACCCCUCUGCUACCAGUAAGAAAGCCAGGAACUGGGGACUACCGUCCUAUUCAAGAUCUAAGAGAGAUCAACAACAGAGUGCAGGACAUUCACCCCACGGUACCAAAUCCAUAUAAUUUGCUUAGCACUUUGAAUCUGGAGCGGAAAUGGUACACUGUGCUGGACUUAAAAGAUGCUUACUUCUGCUUGCCCCGACAUAAGGACAGUCAAUUGUUGUUUGCUUUUGAGUGGAUAGACCCAUAAACAGGAACAUCCGGCCAACUAACCUGGACUAGACUCCCACAGGGGUUCAAAAACUCUCCCACUCUCUUUGAUGAAGCCCUCCACAGGGAUCUCAAUGACUUCAGAACUGUGCACCCCAAAGUCACCCUACUCCAAUAUGUGGAUGACCUGCUGCUGGCAGCUGACACCAAGGAGAACUGUGAGUCUGGGACCCAGGCACUAUUAUCCGAGCUUGCUCAGCUYGRAUAUAGGGCUUCUGCCMAAAAGGCCCAAAUUUGCCAGCAAGAAGUAAUCUUYCUGGGUUAUUCUCUUAGGGGUGGCAAACGAUGGCUCACUGAGCCCAGAAAACGAACCGUUGUGCAGAUACCGCCCCCAUCUAAUAAGAGACAACUUAGAGAGUUUCUUGGGACUGCCGGCUUUUGCAGGUUAUGGAUUCCUGGGUUUGCAUCUCUGGCUGCCCCUUUAUACCUGCUGAUAAAGGGGGCUGCCCAGUUCCAAUGAACCCCUAAACACCAACAAGCUUUUGAUAAUAUCAAAAAGGUGCUGCUAUCUGCUCCGGCCUUAGCACUCCCAGAUGUAGAAAAACCCUUCACUCUCUACAUAGAGGAAAAGAAAGGAAUAGCACGGGGAGUGCUCACUCAGACUUUGGGACCUUGGAAAAGGCCGGUAGCAUACCUAUCAAAAAGACUGGACCCAGUGGCUAGCGGGUGGCCCCAUUGCCUAAGGGCCAUAGCAGCGGCAGCCCUUCUAAUAAAAGAUGCUGAUAAAUUAACGUUGGGACAGAAGCUGACCAUUAUAGCCCCCCAUGCCCUGGAGAGUAUCAUCUGUCAGCCUCCAGACAGAUGGCUAUCAAACUCUAGAAUAACUCACUACCAGAGCCUGUUGCUUGACAAAGACAGAAUAACGCUGGGACCCCCUGCUCCACUCAACCCGGCUACAUUGCUGCCAGAAGAAUCAUCAGGACUCGUKGCUCAUGAUUGUCAACACAUACUGGCAGAGGAGACCAGUGUACAAUGAGACUUAAAGGAUCAGCCAAUGCCUCGCCCUGAGGUCGUAUCGUUUACAGAGGGGAGCAGCUUCCUCCAAGAAGGUAAGCGGCGGGCUGGAGCAGCAGUAGUUAGCAAAACUAAUGUCAUCUAGUCCUCUGGUCUCCCAGAAGGGACAUCAGCUCAAAAAGCAGAACUAAUUGCCCUUACGAAAGCACUGGAACUAGCAAUAGGUAAAAGGGCCACCAUAUACACUGAUAGCUGCUAUGUAUUUGCCACUGCUCAUGUGCACGGGGCUAUUUACCAGCAAAGGGGGCUGUUAACCUCUGCCGGGAAGGAAAUAAAGAACAAAGAUGAGAUCCUCCACCUUCUCUCAGCAGUAAGAGGCCCUAAAGAACUAGCUGUAGUGCACUGUCCGGGGCACCAGAAGGGGAACGACCCCGUGACAGUUGGAAACAGACGGGCAGAUGAGGAAGCUAAGUUGGCAGCCCUAAAAGGAGUGACCCUGUUAGCUAUUUCCAUGCCGGGGGAACAACAACCAGGAGACUUGGCUGCACAGGAACAUUCAGGCGACUUAUCGUCUGGGGACACAGAUACAGAACUCUGGGACCCUUCAGAGCCAAGUUUACAAUUUCAAAAAGCCCAAAUUUAYGUCAAAGACAUACACCAGCUCACCCAUUUAGGCUCAAAGAAGUUACAGGCACUCUUAAAGGACCAAAGAAAGGACUUAUUGUUGACUGACUCACAGAGGAAAGAAAUAGCUGAGCAGGUAACUGGAGCUUGUCAAGUCUGCCAAUUAGUUAAUGCUUAUCCAUCCAAGCUUCCUCCAAGAGGAAAGCGCUCCAGAGGAACCAGACCCGGACAAUUCUGGGAAGUGGACUUUACUGAAAUUAAGCCAGCAAGGUAUGGACUUAACUAUCUCCUAGUCUUUGUAGAUACUUUUUCCUUCCCCACGAAGAAAGAAACAGCCCAGACGGUGGUCAAAAAGAUCCUAGAGGACAUUUUUCCAAGGUUUGGCCUGCCUAAGGUAAUAGGGUCCGAUAAUGGACCAGCGUUCGUGGCCCAGGUAAGUCAGGAAUUGGCCAGGACCUUGGGGAUUGAUUGGAAGUUACGUUGUGUUUAUAGACCCCAGAGCUCAGGACAGGUAGAAAGGAUGAAUAGAACCAUCAAAGAGACCUUAACGAAAUUAAGCUUGGAGACCGGCAUAAAAGAUUGGACUAUGCUCCUACCUUAUGCACUGUUUCGUGCAAGAAAUACCCUCUCCACCUCUUUACAUAACCUCACCCCUUAUGAGAUUCUCUAUGGUUCCCCUCCUCCASUAAGGGACCUAACCCCAACUCCGAGACUUAAUGCUUCCUUUCACACCCCCUUGCUUAAGAGACUUAAAGCCCCUGAACAAACCCAGCGGUACCUGUGGAAACAGUUGGCCACUGCCUAUCAGCCCAGAGAUGAGGGAACCCCACAUCGAUAUCAAGUGGGAGACUUCGUCUAUGUGAGACGGCAUCAGGUGUCAUCCCUGGAACCCCACUGGAAAGGACCAUACCAGGUGUUGCUUAUAACGCCUACAGCCGUGAAAGUGGAUGGGAUCGCUCCCUGGAUCCAUGCCUCCCAUCUCAAGCCUGCGCCCUAUCCAGACUCCGGCUGGAAACUGGAACAGACUGGUAACCCUCUCAAGUUGCAUGUCCAUCGCGUGGGUAGGGCUAUGGAUUCUUCCCCUGACCACCAGCAGUCCUAA